AUGACAACUGAGGACGACGAGACAGCAGAGGCGAGGCAGUCGCGUCGCCCCGUCGUGCCACUCUCAGUCCAAGAAGAGACUUCCUGCAAGCGGCGAAAGUGUCAGGUCGAAGCCUUCCCAGAAGAAGCCUCGAGCUUCGCUGACUUCGCUGACGUCGAAAGCAACGCGACAGGUCCCUCCCCACCUCCACUCUCCCCUUCUUCCAGGCCUGCCUCUGCCACAGGAGCUUGUUCUUUUGCUUCUUCUGUUCUGCCGGGGGAGGGGAGACGGCCGGAAAGCGAGGAGGACCUCGACAACUCCGCUGCGGUUCAGGCGCGCGAGAAUGACGACGCAGACGGUCUGCUUCUCUUGGAGUCUGGUUUGGGUUCCGCCACUGACUUCGCUUCUCUGACUUUCGAAACAGAUGCGGCGCUGAUUGAGUCGUUGCUGGCCUCUUCUUCGAUCGCUCCGGAAGUCGGCAACUUGCUCGACUCGUCUCACACAAACGCCGUCGAAACCGUCACCUCCUCUUCGCCUUCUAGAGAUGCAAACGAAGCCUCUGCCUCUCCCUUCCCCUCCACGCCCACACAUCCAAGUCGCACCGCGAGCGACUUACCUUCUCCUGCAGCUUCUUCUUCCUCUGCAGGUUCCCCCUCUCCCUCUCCCUUGUCUUCUUCUUCGUUCUCUUGCGCUUCCCGCUCGCCUUCCUCUUCUUCGUCUUCGUCAGCUUCCGCUGCUGCGGCUCCUCCCUCAGGUUCUUCGUCAGUCGCGGCAUUGCCUGCGCUUUCUGCCGAGAGUCUCUUGGCACUCGCUCCGACCCAUGCGACUCAGAUCGAGCAGAGAGAAGAGCGCAUUUCUGUCCUCAGCAAAGAGGAAAUUCGUGCGUCGAUGCCGCCGCUCUUCAGUCCGCCGACAGUUCCAGAGGUCCAGAAUGUGGUUGCGUCGGCGCGGGUGACCUGGAGUUCUGCGGCAUUAGACGCGAACUGGAAACAGGAAGUCAAGCUCGACUUGCGACACCUCGCCAUCAGCUGCAGAUUCGCCGAGUAUAAUCCGAGAAAAAUCAAUGCAUGCAUCGUUCGACUCCGAAACCCGAAGUGCACUGUUCUCGUCUUCAGAUCCGGCCGGUUGAUCAUCACGGGGGCGAGAAGCGACACUGAGGCGGAGCGCGCGGCGCGUCUUACAGCAAGAAUGUUGACAUUUGCGUACUGUGGAGGCAGCACGAAGGCGCCGAGCUUGGAAAACCAGCCUGCUUUGGCACUUCCUGCAUGCUCUGAGAACGGGACCUCCGAUAUCUCCGAGCGCUGCGGAGAGUCGACCGUUUGUCCAGCCGGCCCAAACAGCGAGAGCUUGGUGCUUCUUGAGGCAGAGAAAAACAAACGAACGAAGAAACUGUGCCUGCGGGACUUCAAAAUCGAAAACGUUGUCGCCAGUGCAGACUGCGGAGUGCCCGUGCGUCUAGAAGGCCUCGCCUUUGAACAUAAAGAAUUCUCCAGCUACGAACCCGAACUGUUUUCAGGUUUGGUGUAUCGGUACAACCCGACGGCGUCUCUGAAGGCGGUGCUGUUGGUGUUUGUAAGUGGCAAGGUUGUGAUUACGGGAUGCAAAAGCUUGAGUGAGGUGAAUCACGUUUUUGAGUCUCUCUACCCCGUGCUUGUUCGCUACCAUCAGUAGCAGGCUGCAGGUUCUUGUCUCUUGACGACGCCCGUCAGGUCUGCGGUCGAAACGCGUCCUCUCCAUGUGCCUAUGCACGUAGUACGUGUAUAUAUAUAUGCAUAUAUAUAUGUAUUUAUGUACAGCGAGAUGGACUAAUCUGCAUGCAACUUUGCGGUCCUUUCGAACACACUGUGCGUGUAACGAGGCAACAUUUAUGCUGGAGACUAGGAAUCAUGAAGACAACGGGUGUGUGUUCAAGGAACGCUAGCGCUCCGCACUCGAAGGGAGAUGCGUCCUUCAAGGGCUACCUUGGUUCUCGUUGAAAAACUGUUGAAAGAUGUUGUGGGGAAAAAUACAGAAAUCUGGCAGUGUGUCUCGGGAAACAGGUGGGGCGUCGUGUCGAUCGGAUUCAUAUUUUGCAGGUGUCUCGGCUGUGGUUUCCUGCAUGAGGUGCCCGAGGAAAAUUGUUCAUGCAGUAACAGUAGACACAGGUUCUUUUCUCUCGCCGUGUUCGAGGUGUAUGCGACCAUUCGAAUGUUUUUCUUAAGCUUUCAAGGUUUCGGAGAGACAAGUCUUCUUGCGGGGUUCUCACCUUUUUUGUGGGAGCUGAGUGUAGCAGCCGUUCUCUGCCCUUUCUCAGGGACUGUAACACUUGGUGGAGAUACCUCGCCUAAAUGCCGUUUCUCCUCAUCUGUACAUGACCACCUUCUAGUGAGAGCGACGAACGCCAAAUGGAGAUUCUAGUCAACAGGAUUGUUUUAGCCGCAGAUUUGCUUUCGGAUCGUUCCCGCGCAGCCGCUUCCGAAGUCUGCGUUUCCUCCUUUUAAAGGCAGUCUGUUUCUCUCUCGCCACCCGGCGGAGACCGCUUCGAAUGUUCAGUGUUUGUUCCAAAGACUCCAAUUGGGAGUUCAUGCAUACGAUAUGCAGAGC